GUGAGGUGUUGAGCAGCGGCCCGUGAGGUGAGACUUCAUCAUGGCGGCUGAGUUUCGGUCUCUGUGAAAUAUCGUCAGCAUUCAUGAAUUAUAUGAUGAUAACAUCAGCGUCAGACGUUUAUUAGUAAACCACUUUAUAAUCGGAAGAAUAUCGCGAUAUAUCAGCGGUCGAAUCGACCGCGUUUUAAACAUUAACGUGAAUGACAGCCCGCGAGUUUCUCUCGUCUAAUGUCAUUCGUGUUCUCGUGUGGAUAGUUUGACGCAUCUGAUGAUGUGUUUCAGGUAACUGUAGUGUGUGUAGUUGUUCAGGCCGUCAUGAUGUCGUCCGCGGCCGUCCCCAAACCCUCUCCUGUCCUGUCAGCUCUGGACGAUCUCUCCAUCUCUUCAUUGCUGUCAGGUGAUGUGGAGGAGGAGGACGGCAGCGGCGGAGCUGAUGGAGAUCUGGAGGUGAACCCAUACGACGGCCUGCCGUACUCGUCACGAUACUACAGUCUGCUGGAGGAGAGAAAGCAGCUGGCGGUGUGGAGCUUCAGGUUCAGUCUGUUAGAACAGAUGGAGACUCACAGCAUGAUGGUGCUCAGCGCCGACGGAGGAGCCGGGAAGAGCACACAGGUGGCGCAGUGGUGUGUGGAGUACGCUCUGUCUCAUGAGUUCUCUCAGGGUGUGGUGUGUUGUUGUGAGCCGUACGCGGCGGCCGCCUGCAGUCUGGCUCUCAGAGUGGCAGAUGAGAUGGAUUUGAGUUUGGGGUUAGAGGUCGGCUACAGAGUCCCACAUGAAGACGGCUGCACUCCUGAUUCAAUACUGCGGUUUGUGACCGACAGUCUUCUGCUGGAGGAGAUGAUGUCCGAUCCUCUGCUGCGUCAGUACGCCGUUCUGAUCAUCGAUGAGCUUCAGGAGCGUACGGUGGCGACAGACGUUCUGUUGGGUGUGCUGCGUGAUGUGUGUCGUCAGCGCUCUGAUCUCAGGGUGGUCGUCCUCACCGCUCCUGCCGUCGCUCAGACCAUCGCCAGUUUCCUGGGAGAAAGCGUUCCUCACAUCAGCGUUCCCUCACAAACAAACUCUGUAGAGAUUGUGUACCGUGAGCCAGGACGUGACCUCAUCGCAGCUUCCUGUCAUAUGAUACUGGAUCUUCACCGCAGGGGUGAGGAGGGAGAUAUACUGGUGUUUCUGCCCAGCGCGCAGGUGAUCAGCGAGUGUUGUGCGCUUCUAGAGAAGGAGUGUGUCUCACUGAGCGCUCAUGUGCACUCACUGCGGGUUCUGCCGCUGCACGUGGAUGUGGGCGCUCCAGCAGUGCAGCAGGUGUAUGAGGGGGAGGAGGAGUGUGUGAGACGCAGGGUCGUCCUCACUGAUGUUUUGGGAGAAUCAUCCUUCUCGCUCAACAACAUCCGCUACGUCAUCGACACUGGACUUCAGCUGAAAACUAUCUACAACCCACAAAUCAGAGCCGAUUCACAGGUUCAACAGCCAAUCAGCAAACAGCAGGCGGACUCGCGCUCACGACGGGUGAGCAGUAAACUGUCAGGCGUGUGCGUGCGGCUGUACUCUCAGUCCGUGUAUCAGGAUGAAAUGUCUGAAUGUCGUCGUCCGGCUGUCAUGGAGACCAAUCUGAGUCAUCUGGUGCUGCUGCUCAAGAGACUAGACAUCGCUGACAUGGGACAGUGCAAGUUCCUCGAUCGCCCGGCUCCUGAAGCCCUGAUGCAGGCUCUGGAGGAUCUGGAUUAUCUGGCGGCUCUGGAUGAUGAUGGGAACCUAUCAGAGGUCGGGAUCAUCAUGUCAGAACUUCCUCUGGAGCCUCUGUUAGCUAAAGCUCUCAUCGCUGCCUGUGAGUUUGACUGCGUCAGUGAACUGCUCACCAUCGCUGCCAUGAUAACCGCUCCGCCGUGUUUUAUAACACCUCCACCGAACAAAGAGGAAGCGGCCGCCACACACAGACGCCCCCUGCUGCACGCGGACGGAGAUCACAUGACCCUCAUUAACAUCUAUAAUGCUUAUCUGGAGCAUAAUGAAGACGAGGUCUGGUGCCGGACCAACUUCCUGAACGCUUCUGCGCUGCGAUUGGCUGUGGUAAUAAGGGCGGAGCUACUGGAGGUGAUGCAGCGAAUCGAGCUGCCCGUAUCUUCACCCGCCUUCGGUUGCCAAGACAACUGCACCAAUAUAAAGAGAGCUCUGAUCUCAGGCUUCUUCCUGAAGGUCGCACAUGAUGUCGACGGCUCAGGGAACUAUCUUCUCCUCACUCACCGUCACGUGGCUCACCUGCAUCCGUUCUCAUCGUAUCUGUGUCGCCGUCCGAAGCUCAACCCCCCCAGCUGGGUCCUUUAUCACGACUUCACCAUCUCACACGACAACUGCAUCUGUGUGGUAUCAGAGAUUCAUCCUCAGAUGAUGGUGGAGUUGGCACCUCAGUACUAUCUGGGGAAUCUUCCAGCCAGUGAGGGUCGAGAUCUUCUGAUGGAGCUCAGACAGAGUUUAUGUACUCCAGAUGAAGCUCAGGACAGAAGUCAUGAAGACGCUGAUGAUGAUGAUGAUGAGGACAACACCACAGACACACAGUGUGUCAUACAGUGACUCAAUCAAUCUCAUCACAUUCACUUCUCUAACUGAAGUGCUAUAAUAUAUAUUUAUUUAUAUAUUUUUAUUAGCCAAACAAUUUGUUUAUAAAAAGAACCCGUGAGUGAGAAAGAAUUUAGGUGUAAAAACCUUUUCAUUUGGUAUAAAUUUAUUACGAAAGAAUAAUGUCAUGGAUUCCUAAUUGAUAAAGAUUUGUUUGGUCAGUGGUGAUGAUGUCAUAACCACACACUUGAAUGCUGGAUGUAUGUGUCAGAUGGUUCUGUUGCUCUUUCUACUGUUUACUGUUGUUUUUUCACUUUAUAUUUCUGUGUGUGUGUGUGUGUGUCUGCUUUUAAUACACUGGAAAAUCUGAACACUAAUUAAAUGUUGUGGAGCUUCUGUAGCACUUUUGAUUUUAA